AUGGGCGGCCUCCGCGGGAACCCCUUGGCCUUCCUGCUCUGGAUGCUGCUGCUGUGGAGUGGGGGCAGUCUCAGUCAAGCACAGAGGGCAGGUUGCAAAACUGUGCACUACGACCUGGUCUUCCUCCUGGACACCUCCUCCAGUGUGGGCAAGGAGGACUUCGAGAAGGUGCGGCAGUGGGUGGCCAACCUGGUAGACACCUUUGAGGUGGGCCCUGACCACACUCGUGUGGGUGUGGUGCGCUACAGCGACCGGCCCUCCACAGCCUUUGAGCUGGGCCGGUUCAGCUCUCAGGAAGAGGUCAAGGCAGCUGCGCGCCUGCUGGCCUACCAUGGGGGCCACACCAACACGGGUGACGCACUGCGCUACAUCACCAGCCACAGCUUCUCCGCGCAAGUUGGUGGCCGACCUGGCAACCGUGCCUUUAAGCAGGUGGCCAUCCUGCUGACCGAUGGCCGCAGCCAGGACCUGGUACUGGACGCGGCCAAGGCCGCACACCGGGCAGGCAUUCGCAUCUUCGCAGUGGGCGUGGGAAAGGCACUGAAGGAAGAGCUGGAAGAGAUUGCCUCAGCACCCACAUCCGCCCACAUCUUCCAUGUGUCGGACUUCAAUGCCAUUGACAAGAUCCGCGGCAAGCUGAGGCGCCGUUUGUGUGAAAACGUGCUCUGUCCCAGUGUCCGUGUGGAAGGAGACCGCUUUAAGCACACCAAUGGGGGAACCAAGGAGAUCACAGGUUUUGACCUGAUGGAUUUGUUCAGCGUGAAGGAGAUCUUGGGGAGGAGAGAGAAUGGCGCCCAGAGCUCCUAUGUUCGGAUGGGAUCCUUCCCCGUGGUGCAGAGGACUGAGGAUGUGUUCCCACAAGGUUUGCCUGAUGAGUACGCCUUUGUCACAACCUUCCGGUUCCGGAAAACAUCUCGGAAAGAAGAUUGGUAUAUCUGGCAGGUCAUCGACCAGUAUGGCAUUCCCCAGGUCUCCAUCCGGCUGGACGGUGAGAACAGAGCAGUGGAGUACAAUUCCGUGGGCGUCAUGGAGGAUGCCGUCAGGGUGGUCUUCCGUGGGCCCCAGGUCGAUGACCUCUUCGACCGCAACUGGCAUAAGAUGGCCCUGAGCAUCCAGGGCCAGAAUGUGACCCUCUACGUUGACUGUGCACUGGUGCAGACACUGCCCAUCGAGGACAGGGAAAACAUCGACAUCCAGGGCAAGACUGUGAUCGGCAAGCGCCUCUAUGAUAGUGUGCCCAUCGAUUUCGACCUCCAGUGGAUCAUCAUUUACUGUGACGCACGACAUGCCGAGCUGGAGACGUGCUGUGACAUCCCUUCGGGUCCGUGCCAGGUGACCAUCGUGACAGAGGCCCCACCACCACCCCAGCAGCCUCCCACCUCUGGCAGUGAACAGAUUGGGUUUUUGAAGACCAUCAAUUGCUCCUGCCCACCCGGAGAGAAGGGUGAAAAAGGCUUUGAUGGCCCCGUGGGACUCCCUGGUCCAAAGGGAGACGUGGGAAUCCGUGGUCUGGUUGGAGCACCUGGACCCAAGGGACAGAAAGGCGACUUGGGCAGAGGAAUUUUCAUACAAGGCGAAAAGGGUGAAAAGAGGACCCCUGGUGGGCCAGGGUGUAUGUCCCCCGAUCAUGACCGUGUCCUGUUUUGCAUGCAGGGAGAGCCGGGAGAGCCAGGGCUGCCUGGCGAGGUGGGCAUGCGGGGGCCCGGAGGACCGUCUGGACUUCCCGGACCCCCUGGACACGUGGGAGCCCCUGGUCUCCAAGGAGAGCGAGGUGAAAAGGGCACCCGAGGAGAAAAGGGGGAGCAAGGCCUGGAUGGAUUUCCUGGGAAGCCAGGGGAGGCAGGACAGCAGGGAAGAUCUGGUCCCCCUGGUGUGCCAGGGCCCCGAGGAGAGAAGGGUGACGUGGGGCCUGCAGGAUCCCCUGGUAUACCAGGCUCUGUGGUGCAGAGAGAGGGCUUAAAGGGUGAGCAGGGAGCUCCAGGACCUCGAGGCCACCAGGGCCCACCUGGGCCACCAGGAGCUCCGGGUCCAGUGGGCCCAGAAGGCAAGGAUGGACCUCCUGGUUUGCAAGGUCUUCGAGUAAAGCGCUCGUCUGUGCUAUUGGUUGACCCACUCAACGCCCUUUCUCUGCAGGGCCCUCCAGGACCACCUGGCGUCCCAGGACCUCCAGGACCCGGAGGCCCCCCGGGCUUACCUGGUGAGAUCGGCUUCCCAGGAAAACCUGGGCAUCCCGGGCCAGUGGGGUCACCGGGAAAGGAUGGGCUAAACGGAGUGCCAGGCCUGCCAGGACCCAAGGGAGAACCAGGAGAAAGAGGGGAAGAUGGUCCACCUGGCAAACCUGGCCUUCAGGGUGAAGUUGGGGAGCAGGGCCUGGCAGGCCGACCUGGAGAGAAGGGACAGGCAGGUCUCCCAGGAUUCCCAGGUGUGAGGGGAGAGAAAGGAGACCAGGGAGAGAAAGGUGAACUGGGACUUCCAGGACAGAAAGGCAGUCGAGGUGAAAAGACAUCCCUGUUCACACCAUACCCGAGAAUGCCGGGGGAGCGGGGCCCCAAAGGAGAGAAGGGUGAUGCCGGCGUGCCCGGGGAGCCGGGAUCACAGGGCCAUCCCGGAGAACUGGGCCCUCGAGGACCCCCUGGACCGCCGGGUACCAAGGGACAAGAAGGAGACCGUGGGGGGCCCGGAGCAGCUGGCAACCCGGGAGCUUCUGGACCUGCAGGACCCCCUGGUCCCAGUGGCCCUCCAGGAGGUGUGGGCCCCCCUGGAACCAGAGGCCCCCCUGGGAAAGAUGGGGAGCAUGGCGAGAAGGGAGAGGCAGGUGAAGAAGGGCGCCCAGGGCCAGCUGGGCUCAGGGGUGACCCCGGUGCCCCUGGGCUCCCUGGGCUGCCCGGAAAAGGGAAAGACGGGGAGCCGGGACUUCGUGGACCACCUGGCUUACCUGGUCCCCUGGGAACCAAGGGGGACCGAGGUGCACCUGGGAUCCCUGGCUCACCUGGCAACCGUGGCGACCCGGGCCUUGGGGCUCCCGGCCCUCCUGGCCCUGCUGGACCACCGGGAGAGGCGGGACCACCGGGAUCUCGAGGCUUACCUGGAUUCCCAGGGCCCCGGGGACCAGCUGGCCAGGACGGCGUGCCAGGAAAUCCAGGAGAAAGGGGGCCUCCUGGCAAACCAGGCCCCUCUCUACCACUGUCUCCAGGGGACAUAAAUCUCUUGGUUAAGGAUGUGUGCAGUGAUUGCCCUCCUGGUCCCCCAGGCCUCCCUGGUCUGCCAGGUUUUAAAGGGGACAAAGGACUCCCAGGAAAACAAGGGAGAGAAGGCACCGAAGGGAAAAAGGGGGAUGCUGGGCCCAGAGGCCUCCCAGGGCCCCCGGGAAUAGCUGGACCACAGGGAAGUAAAGGAGAGCGUGGUGUAGAUGGUGAGGUUGGACAGAAAGGUGACCAGGGUCAUCCAGGAAUUCCAGGUUUCAUGGGGCCCCCAGGGAACCCUGGGCCACCGGGAGCAGAUGGAAUUGCGGGAGCUGCCGGGCCACCAGGAAUCCAAGGACCCCCGGGGAAAGAAGGUUUGCCUGGACUCCAGGGCCCAUCUGGAUUACCAGGAAUCCAGGGAGAAGAAGGCAAAGAGGGCAGAGAUGGGAAGCCAGGCCCUCCUGGAGAUCCAGGCAAACCUGGGGAGCCGGGUCUGCCAGGACCAGAGGGGGCACGAGGCCCACUGGGCUUCAAGGGACACCCAGGCGAUUCUGGUGCACCUGGUCCCCGGGGAGAGCCCGGUGCCAUGGGCCCCCCUGGACGGGAAGGGUCUCCAGGAAAAGAUGGUGAUGCUGGACCUCCGGGGCCUCAGGGUCUCCAAGGACUGAGGGGCCUUCCGGGCCAGAAAGGAAGCAAAGGAGAAAAUGGCAGCCCAGGACUUCCUGGCUUCCAAGGAGCCCGGGGCCCUCCGGGAGAACCAGGAGAGAAAGGAAUCCCUGGAAAGGAGGGCGCCGCCGGGAAGCCUGGAGAGCCGGGGUCCAAAGGAGACAGGGGAGAUCCAGGGACCAAAGGGGACAAAGGACCUCCUGGUGGGAAGGGCCAGCCUGGGGACCCCGGAAUCCCCGGUCACAAAGGCCACACUGGCCUGAUGGGCCCUCAAGGACCACCAGGGGAGAAUGGACCGGCGGGACCCCCAGGGCCUCCAGGCCAGCCAGGAUUCCCAGGACUGAGGGGGGAGUCUCCAUCCAUGGACACCCUGCGGCGGCUUAUUCAAGAAGAACUGGGAAGGCAGCUGGAAACCAGACUUGCCUACCUCCUGGCCCAGAUGCCCCCAGCACACAUGAAGGCAUCUCAAGGCAGACCUGGGCCCCCUGGACCUCCUGGAAAAGACGGGAUUCCAGGCCGGGCCGGGCCCGUGGGGGAGCCAGGUCGGCCGGGGCAGGGGGGUCUGGAAGGACCCUCUGGACCAGUGGGUCCCAAAGGUGAGCGAGGAGCCAAAGGUGACCCCGGCAUGCCUGGAGUUGGCCUGCGAGGCGAGCUGGGGCCGCCUGGGGUCCCAGGUCAACCCGGGGAGCCUGGCUAUGCUAAAGAUGGACUUCCAGGGAGCCCUGGUCCUCAAGGAGAGACAGGCCCGGCUGGCCAUCCGGGACCCCCAGGGCCCCCCGGCCCCCCUGGCCAGUGUGACCCCUCCCAGUGCGCCUACUUCGCCAGCCUCGCUGCCCGGCCAGGUAACGUGAAGGGCCCCUAG